AUGGGAACCGUAAUAAGUAGGGACACAAGAAGGAUAAGCUUUGAAAAUUCUUUAGCUUUAAAUCCAGCAGUAUUAGUUGAAAAAUCUAUAGAAGAUCAAAAUACUCUUAUGUUGAAUGACAUAGAAAGUGAAUCUGAUGAACUAACUUUUGAAGAAAAAGUUCCAUGUAAAGAACUGCAGGAUGAUGAACUUAAAUAUUGGUCAGGUAGAAUAGAAAGUCUCAAAAACGAACACCAAAUAAUCGCAAAAAUUAUUGAGGAAGAAUAUGAAAAAACCAUCGACAAUACAAUUAAAUUAAAUGAACAACGAAAAAUAACUCAGGACCAUAUUAAAAAAAUUAAACCAUGUUAUGCUUGGCGAGCUAAGAUGUUGCAAUGCUACGAAAACAAUCCUCAUCAGUCUCUCGUGUGUUCGCCAGUGGUGCAAGAGUUUAAUGAAUACGUAGAGUCUUGUAGAGUUGCUGAA